AUGUUAAUAAUUCAGAUUUUUAUAUAUUUUCAUUGGAACACUCACAGUUUUCGACGCGAUAGGCUACAAGAUUUCUGCUCCACUGCCCCGCAGAAGUGUGAAAUAAACCUUAAAUUGCCCCUUUUAAGGCGAAAUCCAGCCACUCAAACUUUAGAGGUAAAUUUUGAUGAACAGUUGGUGGAAGUUUUACGGGAAGUGCAUUACCUGCUACUCUUAGGAAGUGCUCCAGGAAAUGAAACUCCACGAGAGAGUGGAGGAAUGUUAGGAACUGCUUCGCCUACUUCAAGUGAAUUCCUCGAAAAGUUUGCUGGUUUUGGGUCCGUUGAAGAUAUAAAGCAAAUGCUACCACCCCAAAUAUUAGCUGUACACGAUCGAGCUGAACCUUUACGAGAAGCUCGACUCAAGCUCAAUCAAAUUGUUGAAGCCUACAACGCAGUUAGAUUGAACACUCUAACAGUAGAAUAUCCAUUAAUUGCAGAAGAAGUAGAUGCAUUUGAUGAUCGUAUAUCACCGGCCUUCAAGCAAAUGUCUUGGGAAGAAAGUGAGUAG